GCGGGUCGAGCAGCGCGUCUCGAACUACAUCACAAUGAAGAUCGCUUUUGUUUUGUUUAUUUUGUUCGUAUUCUCGCAAUGCGGCGAAUCUCGAUGGCUGCCGCAAGAUCUCAUCGAAACUGUCUCAAACAAAACAUCUCAGAUUACCAACUACGUAAGACAAAAAGGGAGAAGUCUCAAGAACUUCUACGAUCGGAACUUCAGGAAACCGGUAACGCAGUAUCUUGGAAAUGAUGAUGUUAGCAGCACGAAACGAUUCAAAAAUUACAUCGAUCAAGCAGAGACAAACCAACAGGAGGUGUUUGAUACCAUCGCUCCAAAGAAACCUGAACUUGAAUGUGUAGAAGAUGACCCAGCUAUACGUAUGACCACGCCGCAACUAAUAGCAAUUCAUGGAUACGCAGCGGAAUCUCACACGGUUGUCACUGAAGACGGUUAUAUACUUACCAUUCAUAGAAUACCAUUCUCAAAGAAUUCAAAAAAUAUUGUUCCACGAAAAACAGUACUGCUGCACCAUGGUUUACUAGGCAGUUCCGCUGAUUGGGUACUGCCAGGACCUGAGAAAGGACUCGCGUAUAUAUUGUCAGAAGCUGGGUAUGACGUCUGGAUGGCCAAUGUCAGAGGAAACACCUACUCCAGAGCACAUGUAUCCAAAAAUGUAGACACGUUUUCGUUUUGGAAUUUCACUUUUCACGAAGUGAGUCAACACGAUUUGCCGGCUGUUAUUGAUUACAUUAUGGACAUGAAAGGUUGGGAUGUGAAAAUAAAUUAUAUUGGCCAUUCAAUGGGCACAACAGUGUUAUUCGCAUUGUUAUCAACGAAGACGCAUUACAACAAAGUUUUGAGAGCCGGCUUCGCCUUGGCGCCUGUAGCGUACAUGACAGACAUAAAAAGCCCGAUAAGGCUACUGGCUAAGUACAGCGAUAACAUAGAAUUCCUAUUGAAAUUGCUCGGAGCCAACGAAUUUUUGCCUCAAAACGCUGUGCUGAGAUGGCUUUCGAAACAUGCGUGUGAAAUUAACCACUACGAGGAAGUAAUAUGUGAGAACUCCUUGUUUGUGUUAUGUGGUCAUGACGCGAGUCAGUUUAACAAGACCUUAUUGCCGAUCAUCUUAGGACAUGUUCCGGCUGGAGCUUCGACUAAAACCCUCGUUCAUUAUGCGCAAGAGAUUAAAAAAGGCGGUAGGUUCCAGCAGUUUGAUUAUGGGCCUGACGGAAACCUUAAACAAUAUGGUAGUGUUAUCCCCCCUGAGUACCCAGUCCAUAAAAUAACACUGCCUAUUGCGCUGUUGAGUGCAGAAAAUGAUUGGUUGGCCAGUGAUUCGGACGUAACAAAUUUGUAUGUGCACCUCGCAAACCCCAUUGAGCACUACAUUGUCCCACUAAAAGAGUUCAAUCACAUAGAUUUUCUGUGGGCUGUCGACGCGCAAAAGCUUGUUUAUACCAAAUUGUUAGAGUUGUUAGAAGAAGGCGUAACUAAAGUGGAUUUCAAUCCGAAGGUUGACACGAACGAGUUGAUUGACAGUGAUACGUAGGAAGAAGAAAAACUAACUAGACUUAAGCUAUUUUAUUUACCUUAGUCAUUUUUUUGUAAGUUACUAUUAAGCCAAGUCAAACAAUAAAAUAAAAGGAUACAAUAGUUUAA